AUGGUUGUGUCGUUAACCUCGCUCCGAGUUGCAGCUGCUCGCCGCUGCUCAUCGGUGCAGCAUGUGCAAUUUGCGCUGCCCCGCACUUUGGCCCCGCGGGCGUCUGCCUCAAAAGCGCUCUCUGCCACCGUAAGGAAGUCAUUCUCCACAACCACUUUCAGGAUGGCAGACCACAGAAUCGAACGUGAUGCCUUCGGCGAGAUCAAGGUCCAGACCGACAAGUACUGGGGCGCCCAGACCGAGCGGUCCCUGAUGAACUUCAACAUCAACCAGCCCUUCGACCGCAUGCCUCCGCCCGUCAUCAAGGCCUUCGGAAUCCUCAAGCAUGCCGCUGCAACCGUCAACAUGACCCACGGGCUCGACCCCAAGAUCGGUGAAGCCAUCCAAACCGCGGCCAAGGAGGUCAUCUCCCUCAAGCUGCUUGACCACUUCCCCCUUGUCGUCUGGCAGACCGGCUCCGGCACCCAGAGCAACAUGAAUGCCAACGAGGUCAUCUCCAACCGUGCCAUCGAGCUUCUCGGCGGCGAGCUCGGCUCAAAGAAGCCAGUCCACCCCAACGACCAUGUCAACAUGUCCGCUUCCUCCAACGACACCUUCCCUACGGUCAUGCACAUCGCGGCCGUCCUCGAGAUCACCGAGCGCCUGCUCCCCAGCCUGCGUGAGCUCCACGCCGCCUUCGAUGAGAAGGUCAAGGCCUUCGACCACAUCAUCAAGAUCGGGCGCACUCACCUGCAGGACGCCACCCCGCUCACCCUCGGCCAGGAGUUCAGCGGCUACACCACCCAGCUCGCCUACGGAAUCGAGCGCAUCGAGGCGACGCUCCCCCGCCUCAAGAUGCUCGCCCAGGGCGGAACCGCCGUCGGCACAGGUCUCAACACAAAGAAGGGCUUCGACGUUGCCGUGGCCGCCGAGGUCUCCAAGCUCACCGGCAUCAAGUUCGUCACCGCGCCCAACAAGUUCGAGGCCCUCGCCGCACACGAUGCCAUCGUUGAGGCCAGCGGCGCACUCAACACCCUCGCCUGCUCGCUCAUGAAGAUCGCCAACGACAUCCGCUACCUCGGGUCCGGCCCCCGCUGCGGUCUCGGAGAACUCAGCCUCCCCGAGAACGAGCCUGGCAGCUCAAUCAUGCCCGGAAAGGUCAACCCAACCCAGUGCGAGGCCCUCACCAUGAUCUGCGCCCAAGUCAUGGGAAACAACACCGCCAUCACCGUGGCCGGCUCCCAGGGCCAGUUCGAGCUCAACGUGUUCAAGCCCGUCUUGAUCCGCAACCUGCUCCACAGCAUCGCGCUGCUGUCGGACGGCAUGCGCUCCUUCAAGGACAACUGUGUCGUCGGCAUCCAGGCCAACGAGAAACAGAUCAACAAGCUCCUCCACGAGAGUCUCAUGCUCGUCACAUGCCUCAACAGCAAGAUUGGGUAUGACUCAGCCAGCAAGGUGGCUAAGAACGCGCACAAGAAGGGUAUCACGCUGAAGGAGAGUACGCUGGAGUUGGGCGUGCUCACGGAGGAGGAGUUUGUGGAGCUUGUGAGGCCGGAGUUGAUGAUUGCGCCCAAAUAG